UAAGCGAGAGGAAAAUGAGUGGUUCACUGGUGGAUGUCAUGAUGAGAGCUGUUCUGUAUGCAUGUGGGAAACGGCUGAUAAAGUGUGGGUGAGACUUCGGGAGAGUGAGUGUCUGCGAGGAAAAACGAUAGUACACUUUUUUCCAAUGUGUAACUUUGAUAAAGAAGAAGUAGAACACCCGUGAAAAGGUGUGUUGUGCGAGGAUCUUUCCUACACACAACGGACGUGCUAAAAGAGUAGUUUUUAAAGAACGUUUUAAUAUAUUAUUUCUAAUUUAACUGUGCUUUAAGUUUCACCCAUUGUGCAAAUCGAGUAAAACGUCGGGCUGUCGCGAUUCGGACGGGAAAUUCGUGGGGAAGAUUAGAAAACGGGAUCUUUUUUUUUGGGAAAAAGGUGAAGGCAAAAAGUAAGAGACACAUUAAGAGAGAAAGAAAAUCUGAGGGAUAGAGAGACUUUGGCAUUGCUAGAGUGUGGUGAAGCGACCCAGUCGCGAUACGGGAUCAGCAGUAAGGCUAAUACAAUUUUCCCAAGGAUGGCGGAUUAAAAGUUACGCGUCACGAGAAACCUCAAAUGCAGGCAAGUGAUACCAUGGAUGAUGAAGCCAUCACGAGUCAUCCGCACUUGGCCGGAGUAGCGUGAGUCUCGACCAGCACCGGCGGAUCCGUGGAGGCAGAGCACCACAACAUCAUCAGCAUCACAUUGCAUCGCAUAACAAAAUGGCGGGUGGUGAGCAUUCGUUUGGAAGAAAGACAUUUCACAAGCCAACCUAUUGCCACCACUGCUCGGAUCUGCUGUGGGGACUAAUCGGACAAGGAUACAUCUGCGAAGUUUGCAACUUUAUUGUGCACGAGAAAUGCGUGACGAAUGUGAUAACACCAUGCCUAGGUGUCGCACCGUAUCUGAUCCGAAAUCCAGUCGCACACUGCUGGUCCGAGCCGUCGCAUCAUAAACGGAAGUUCUGCACGGUCUGCCGCAAACGUUUGGAUGAAACCCCCGCCGUUCAUUGUUUAAUUUGCGAGUACUUUGCCCACGUCGAGUGUCAGGACUUUGCGAUCCCCGAUUGCAAGGAAAAUGCCACGUACGUGCCCGGCAAGGAAUUGGGUCACGUCAGACACCAACACCACUGGCGCGAGGGGAACCUGCCGCAAUCAUCGAAGUGUGCCCUCUGCAAAAAGGCAUGCUGGUCCUAUGAAUGCCUUACAGGUUAUCGCUGUGAAUGGUGUGGUACAACAGCGCACGGUGGCUGCCGGAACAAUAUCCCAUCGGAGUGCACCUUCGGAACGCUACAGCCAAUCUACUUGCCACCACAUGCCGUCUCCAUACCGCGAACUGAAGUGCCAAUGGAAGCAAUCAUCGGAGUGCAGAACAAGAACAAGGGAACACCGGGAAUGCAGAGGGAUUACUCGUGUCCGGAACUCUGGACCAUCGGUCAGCCAGACUUUGACGAGAUUGACCCGGCCGAACAGAAUUCCCAACCGGGCAGGCACAAGUUGCCCGUGUUCACUUUUUUCGACGAUGACAACGAGUUCAGCAACCAGCAGCGGUUUUCCAGUGAUAACGAUCUGCUGCUGCUGGAUACGAAUUACGCCGUUAUGCAACAGCUCAAGCCGCUGCCCAGUAGAAACCUAAUUCAUCCGGCGAUGCGAAGGGCAAAGCUGGCACCGAAAGAUAUGGUCAUGCGAAGUAAAUCCUUCCAGGAUCAAAGCGAUAGCAUUCCGAAGCGUCUGAAAAUGCUGCCUACGGCACGAUUGUUUCUCAGUGCAAAGGAACGAUCGAAGAAGCGUUCUCCGCGGUGCAGUGACGAUUCGUUUUUAUACCCGACCUGCCCAUCGCCGAUGCGCUCGGCAUCGAAAAUUAGUUCAAAUGUGACGUCAGCGUCGACAUCAGCCACUGCAUCUGUGAUAACGAUUCAAACGGACGAUACGGGAGGUGAGCGGAGGAGGAACAGUGACUGCGGUUGGCAUGCUGCCACCAAUGGGCAGCUGGAUAUGCCAGUGCCGUCAGGAGAAAAGCUAGGUCACGAUGCACUUGUGGAUGUGCGAAGGCGAGUAGGGGAGGAACGGCGGGUACUUUCCUACAGUGACGUCAGUAGUUUCGUAUUCAUCGACGAGGAUGCUACGGAUGCCGGGGCAAUGGAUCACCGAAACGAGGUUUGCGACACACUGGCUGCAUCCAGCGGGUUCCCGUUUGUCGUACCGGGGCGUGAUAAUGUGGUUGUCGUUGUCGAUGCAGUUACUGCUCAGCCCGUUGGCAGGAGUAGUGGUGGUAGCGGCGGCGGCGGUGAUGCAGUAGUGCUAGUGGAUGCUAGCAGUAGUAUCGAGGCAGGUGCUGACUUGAAUGCUCAAUCCAUGGCUUUGGCUGGGGAUGAUAAGGAAAACCGAAGAGGUCAUUUGCUCGGUAGGAUCUAUCGUCGGAUGCGAAAGUGCUCGAUGGGAUGGAGUAAAACGGGAUGUAGAGUGCGUAGAGCUCGCAGCAUCUCAGAAGAAAUAAGUGAUAACGCACGCUGCGAUGACCUAGCGAAAGGAGAGAGCAGUUCUGGCACUCACUCGAAACCCGAUUCUGCGCACAAGAGUGACAAAGAUAAAGAUAAGAAAGAUAAGGAAAAAGAGGAACGUGAUGAAGAAACAAUCAAAGUAUUCGACGGCAACUGUUCAUAUCGAAGGAGAAUAUUUAGAGCCAUCACCGUACCUAGAACAUUCUCGUUAGAACAACUACUGACCACCGCCUUGAGGGCCUUUCAUAUAGCCAGGGAUUCAAAUCUAUUUUUUCUUACUGAUCUUUACGGUGAUGAAAUAAGAUUGCAAGAUCCGACACCGGUUCUGAACCUACAUCGGGUGGAGGGGAAGCGGCCAGCGAUCUACCUGCGUUUCCGUGACCGGGAAAACGAUCAUGGUUUCGUGCGAGUCUACCCCGGCAAGCUGCAGGUGGAGAAUGCAUACGUUAACGUCCCGGUGGACAAUGACACCACGGUGAAGGAUCUCAUUGGCGAGUCGUUGAAAAAGUUUGGCCUCCAAGAACACCAGAUCGAGGACUAUCGCUGUUCGGAGAUCCUACUCGAUCGGGGCGUCACCGAGCGGGUACUGUCGUGGAACGAGCGCCCGUGGGAAAUUAUGAAACAGCUCGGGAAGGAUUCUAUCCGUCAGAUGGAGAUGAUGCGGUUCUACCUACAGCUGAAGCAGGACCCGCACGGUCCGAACCUGGCACUGUUCGUGGGCAAUCUACCUCCGGGCUUAUCGCAGCGGAACUAUGAGCACAUACUGACUGAAUUCUUAGGUUUCGAGAACAAGUUUAGUAGUAUCGGUCCGAUCUACUACGAGUACGGAUCGCUAGUGAUAACCUACGAAAACGCAUCCAAAGCUGUUCGUGCAUUCCAAGCCUUGAGAGAAUCCAAGUAUGAGGAGAAGCUUCUGCUGGUAUUGCUGUUACCAAACAUCGAACAUAGCAUGGUUCCACUUGGGGUUCAGCCGUUGCUGGUGUUCGUCAACGUUAAGUCGGGUGGAUGUCAAGGAUUAGAGCUUAUUAGUAGUUUUCGUAAAUUAUUAAAUCCAUAUCAAGUAUUUGAUUUGGAUAAUGGUGGACCACUGCCUGGACUGUAUGUAUUCAGACACAUUCAGGAUUAUAAAAUUUUAGUUUGUGGAGGUGAUGGUACAAUCGGUUGGGUACUGCAAUGCUUGGAUAAUGUAGGUCAAGAUUCGCAAUGUUCUAGUCCACCAUGUGCAAUCGUCCCACUUGGAACUGGAAACGACCUGGCCCGGGUGCUCCGAUGGGGUGCCGGGUACACUGGCGGGGAAGAUCCACUUAAUCUGCUACGGGACGUUAUCGAUGCCGAGGAAAUUCGACUGGACCGCUGGACCGUGGUGUUCCAUCCCGAGGAUAAACCAGAGGAUGCCGCACCGAAACCACAGGCCAACUCAGCGGGUAAGAAGAAGAAAAUACAGCAACAAUCACAACAACAACAACAAAAUCAACAUCAUCAUCCCGCGACGACGAUCAGCGCAAGUCAAACAAGUCAAGUCGUCGGUGCAACCCAGAGCGAAGACAACUCGCAGAUCUUCGUGAUGAACAACUACUUCGGUAUCGGUAUCGAUGCCGAUCUGUGUCUGGACUUUCACAAUGCCCGCGAGGAAAAUCCGAACAAGUUCAAGUCGCGGCUGCACAACAAGGGUGUGUACGUCACAAUGGGUCUGCGCAAAAUGGUCGGCCGCAAAAUGGUCAAGGAACUACACAAGGAGCUACGGCUGGAAGUGGACGGUAAGGUGGUUGAUCUGCCGCCCGUCGAGGGUAUCAUCAUUCUGAACAUUUUGAGCUGGGGAUCCGGUGCCAACCCAUGGGGACCUGAGAAGGAGGAUCAGUUUAGCAAACCAAAUCAUUGGGACGGCAUGCUUGAGGUCGUUGGAGUGACUGGAGUCGUUCACCUCGGUCAGAUACAGUCCGGGUUACGGUCCGCAAUGCGAAUAGCUCAGGGUGGUCACAUCAAAAUUCAUCUACAUUCAGACAUACCAGUGCAAGUUGAUGGAGAACCAUGGGUACAGAGUCCUGGAGAUGUGGUGGUUUUAAAAUCAGCCCUAAAGGCGACCAUGCUGAAAAAAAUGAAGGGCAAAAUGAAGCGACGUAACACCGAACCGACCAUGCAGGUGAUGGGGCCAUCGGGGAUACACAUGACGCUGGCCGCUCCCCAGGAGCCAGACGAGGUCGACUCGAACAAUACUGAUUUCUGAAUUUGGUAUAACGAGCGAUUAAUUUAACGUGCUUCGUCGUUUGUCUAAACUACCGCCACCAACCCUAGCAAUAAUACCAGCCAAAGUAACCGAGAAACCCGCGAGAAACACUGAUAGGUAGUUGUACAGUAUUAAUAGAGAAGAAAAAAAACCAGCACCGUUGGAGGUCGAACUUUGUAGCUUCACUGUUGUCAGGAAUGAAACAGCAACGAAUCUCCAAUCGCUUGAAGUGGCUUCCAUUCCAUUCAGAGUCAUGGUGCGUGUAGGAAGCUAAAACAUUAGAAAUAUGUAUACCGAAGGUGGAACACUUGCAUACCAAAACAGAUUCACUUUCCUCUCUAGCCCACCUCUCGUACGUAAGUGCGACGGACGUAUUCGUAUCGUAGUGUGCCAUUUUUUCAAGUGAAGGUACAUCACAAACAUUCACCUUUAUCUUUGGCCAACAAAACAUACAGAAAACAUAUACACGAAAGAACACACACACACCCGGCAUAAUAUUAAUAGGCUCGAAAACAAAACCAACAAAAAUAUUAGUUUAAUAAAUUCAGUAACAAAGGAAACAAACAUUGAUUGCAAGAAUAAGAUAGUUGCUAGGCUAGCAUCAAAUAUGCAAUCUAGUGGAUGUAUGCAAAUGUGCUAAUCUACUACUCAAAUCGUCAAAACGACGUCAUUACGUCUUCAAUGAACCCCAUGGGAACAACAGAUUUUUGCCAAAAAAAAAAAAAUAACAACCAACAGUAAACCCAAAUCCAGAACAUGUCAUCCAGAUCAAGCAAACGCGCAAAGAACGUUAAAUUAGUGGCUCUUAUGUAAGUCUCAAAAAACGGACGAUUGAACGAAAGAAAAACUAAGGAAAAUAAACCAACGGAAAUAUUAUCAGUAUAUCACAAAGUAAUAAACCUAGUCAGACGAAAACGGAAAAAGAUCUACUAAUUAGUUUAAAAAAAGUACACGUAAUAGUGGACUCGAACUUACAUUUCAGAAUACACAAAAAAGUUUUUUUUAUUUUAUAACAUAUACGCAAAGAAGUCAUCUCUAUCUUUAACCAGCGAAGGAGUGAGUAGAAGAAAAUAUUAACAUUAAGAAAAAGAAGUAAGUUCAGCUGUUUGAGUUCAAUCCAUUGGAUUAGUUCUUUUGUUCACUCUAACGUCCGACCUAACUCAUACGAGUAAACAAACAUUAAACACCUGUACAGCAAUGAACACAAAUAUGAGGGUAAACUGGAUUAUGCUGGUUUAUGUAUUCAAGGUACACUAUCGAAGUAAAGCGAGAGAAAAAAUCUUCUUGAGAACAAAAAUGUAUUUAUACGGAAAGUUGUUGACUAUAUUUACUAUGAAUUUUUUUAAUUAUUUUUCUAUACAAAAGUGGUAUCCAGCUCUGGGCCGCAAAUCCAUUAGGAACAUUCGAAAUAAAAGAACCAGAACGUGUAAGUAACUAAUGGAAACCAAACAACAGUUGAGAAUACGCUUACGAAACAUUAAACAAAGUGACGAAAUCAAAGAAACUUUGAACAAAAGAUGGUAUAUUUUGAAAUGUUUAAAAGAAAGAAAUAAGGGAGGAGGAAGCAACAGAUCAAGAAUCUUACUCGGCGAUAGGUGGACAGAAGAAACCAAGAAGAUAUAUUACUUUUAUUUUAGUUUAAUCACGUGUACGAGUAAACUCAAAGUACUGCAGCGAGUAACAUAAAGAAGAUUAAAAAAUGUGUUAAGUGCAGUAAGAAAGUGAAACACAAUUGUAACCGUAAAUUGUAAUUUGUACAAUUGCGUUCUGUAUGGUAUUUUACCAAACUACAUAAACUAUUAAAUAUAAAAAACAGUCACGAAACAAGGGAAACCAUUGCCAAAAAAACAUUACUAGAAAAAAUGUCCCGAACCUGACAUAAGAAUUCACAGAACACCCAAUCAUAAUUGAAACAUCAAAAUAUGAACCGAAACUUGAAUCAAUGAACUGAAGUUUCCAAAGAAAACAACCCGACCAGUCUAAAUAGGCUGUGGAAUUGUACUGUGUGAAUCCAGUUCCAGCUGGACCACUGCAACCACUUGAAGCGAAGUUACCAUCGCAAAUGCGAAUCACUGUAACCAUGUACGGUUUGUGUUUGGAUGUGCAUGGCGAUCAGUGUUGCUGGAUAGCCUGGACCUGUCGGAAAUAUGUCAGCUUCACAACCGCGAAUAAUUGAUCUUGGGAAUGUUUAGCUGACGCACGGAUUCGUAGAUUACACGCACGAUUACGUAGAUUAUGAAAGGACAAUCGGAAGAGAAGAAAUGCUGAAACAAAUUUAGCCAUGGAUUGUUUAGAGCAGUGCUUCUUAGGAAGCCCAGCCACAGGAAGAAGGGUGCGUUUUCUAGAAUAUUCCCAGCAUUAUUCACCUCAAACAAAAAAACUAGAUGUGUGCUAAUACGAAAAUACCCUCCCGAAAGGCGGAUCUAUACGAACAUUUAGGAUUUCCGAACUAACCAUCGGAACACUAGUGCAAACUUCGUAUUGCCCCGCCUUUCCGCCUAGGUUGUUUGGUUCGUGAAUUCGAACAAAUUUGAGUUUCUCGUAAACCUUGAUUUCAACGUCGUGUUACCUCGCUCUGAUCCGGAAUAGUGCGAUCGCAAACGCGACACACGUCUCGCUAUCCAGAAACUUGUAGGGGCUCAGUGUUACUAGUUUUGCGAUUCCGGAGGUCCGUACUGUGCACCUAGACGUUACCGAGUUCUACCGGGCAACCGAUGUGCCGUUUCGCCAGUUUGCCAAAUUGUAUCACCAAAUACGUCCUAUUAUUUUCCGAUUUAAAAUCACUUGGUGUAAGCCGCCGUCGCUGACCGGUGACCGGAGCUCUUCCUAUAAAGCUAGUACCACAUACAUUUUUCUGGAUGGUGAUUACAUCGUUUCUUUCUAUAUAUUUAUAUUCUAGUAUCAGUUGACCGAGGUUAGUUAUGAACGAAUCCGUUCCGGUAUUCUAAGUUAGUAUAGCAUACACACGAAACUAAUUCAAUUAAUUUACUUGGUUAGUUUUGUAAUCCGUAAUACACAUAGAAACAAUAGGAAACAUGGUGGAAUCACCAUUGUAAGAACUGUAAUGUAAUUGAACGGGAAAGGUAAAGGAAAAUAAACAAAGACCAUAACAUAUUACAGAAUAUCUUUUAAAAGAAUAAAUUUAAAAAUAAAAAUCUCAAACUAGAGUUGAUGUAGUGUCGAAAAACAUAUAAAUAUAACAGAUAUGACUAAAAAUUUAAUUAAAACCAUAUUUUUUCGUAUGAAUAAAAGAAAACAAAAGAAAAACAUUAGAAAUCUUCUAAACGGUGUCGUGGUAAACAAAAUUAUCAUACCAAUUUAGAACCGAACAAGGUGUAGGAAAUAAUAAAUCAAAUGUGCACACAUCCACACAAAUACACCGGCAACGAAGCCGAAUGUUAAGUCAACAAGCGCCUACUUGAAUCGGUAUCACAACUAACCUGCCACCUGGCGUAGGCAACUACUAGGAAACGAAUGUAUAUUUCUAUCAACAUAGAAUAUCAUCCUCAUCAGAAUCUUUCAUUAAAACAAAAGCAUAUGAGCAAGUAGGCGGCGAGCACACCUUGAAGUCAUCGGCUAAAUAGCGCGACACUGCGAUAGAAUAAUCAACUUCAGAAGUUGUGCAAGCCAACUGAUCUAUCGACAACGUCACUUUAGAAUCCCAACAGAUCAAACACUUGACCCAUUAGGUUCACAAGAAAUUCGGUGUACUUCUUUUUCACCACUUCCUCGCCGUUCCACCCUUUGAAGUGGAUACCAGUACUCAAACCAUGUUUGAUAUAUGUCGGAAGAAAGAAUCAAAUAACACGAGAGAUCUACGUAGCAUCACAAUCGCAAAUACACACAUACACACAUUUAAAAAAAAAAACUAUUGGAGAAAAUCAUACAAACGUGUCUAAACAAUGUUACAUCUCUCGAUACUUACCGACUUCAAGCGGAAAAGAAAAUGAAAGAUUAGUUUUAUUCAAACUAGUAAACAGCAAGGACUCGUAUUUGACAACAUCGCAUGCCAAACAGCUGAAUAAUCAAGCAUGCAACAAGCACACUAGAAUCUACCAGCUUAGUUAUGUGUAACUCGCAAACAAGCGAUAAGCAUACUAAAGGAGCAAAAAAAGGACAGCUGAAAAAAACGCUGUUGUUAUAUUCUACUUACGAAGGCAAAGUAAGAAUUUAAAUGAACCGAAUCAAAAUAUAAACAAAAGAAUAACUGAACCAGAAAGAACACGGGACUAACACAACCAACGGUUCACGAAUCAGUUACUAUAGGAAAGUAGCAUGAGAAGGAAACCUAUAACUAAAUGUAGAAAUGAAAAUGACAAAAAGUUGUAGAGGAGCAAGUGAGAAUUUGUGCGAAAGCGGAAGGGACACCCACAGAAAUAUUCAUUAGAAAGAAAAAAGAAAAACUCUCCGCUCGCUAGCGAACAAGGAAAAGGAACCGUAAAAAUUACACACACACAUGAAUCGAUUAAAGUAUAAAGAAAUGAAAUACUAUUAACUAUUUAAUAACUAUUAUUAAAAAUGAAUUAUAUAAUAUAUAUAAAUAUAUGUGAUUAUGAAUAGGUUAAACAUAAUUUGUCAAUAGCAAGAACAACAAAAAUAUAUAUAUAC